UGUGAGUUGUGAAAAACUGCCCUGGAGCUGGAAGCAGCUGUUUUAUUUCAGAAAUAUUUACAGUGUACUGCAGCACUCAGCCACCAGUAUUGUAUGGAUUCAUUCACUCUCAGUAUUGAUCGGCUCAUUCACUGCAGCCGCCGCCCCCCCGUCUCAUCAAAUUGGCGUGACCUAUAGAUGCUGGCAUCGUAAAGGAGUGCAGGGAAGCGACACACACACACGCACACACACACGCCAUUCGCUUCUGAGGAUAUAAAUGCAGAGAUAGAGAGAGAGGGAGGGAGCACCACCUGCAGUUAGACUGAAGCUCUCUCGGCCUCGCUAUUGGACACCAGACUCCCUUCCAGGACCUGUGGCACAAUGAAAGGUGUGAGGACCAUCACGUUAACUUACCUUCUCACUCUUUUACUUCUCUCGACCUUUGUCUCGCAGUCGUGGAGCGCGCCAAAGGGCUCUUUCCAAAGACGAAACUGGACCCCUCAGGCGAUGCUAUACCUCAAGGGCACACAGGGGCGCAGGUUCAUCUCAGAGGACCGAAAGGAAGGAGAUGUCUAUGACACGUUACACUUGGAGACGCGCAGUCAGAACACAGAGAAGCUGAGUGUGGACCAGGCGGCCACCAUCCUGCUCAACUUCCUGCAGCAGGCCAGAGAGGGAGCCGAUGAAAACCCAGACGAGGUGUAUUUCCAGGAGCUGCCGGUGUGGAAGAGGGAAUUCUUCUGACGGUCUUUGAUACAUUUGUAAAACUUGCCUGAAAAAAACCAACGUCUUUGUCUUUGGAUGUAGAACUCGUUCGCGUUCUGAACCGCUGUUUUGUAUGUUUGAAAUGUGAUGUUUUAAUAAAAAGAAGUGAAAUUCA